GCGGAACUCCCAAGGCCAAGUUUCUUGCUAAUUAUUUUGUUAUUGUCAUAUUGAGACGUAUUGUCGUAUUGUGUAAUGUGUUAACUUUAUGUUAAUAGGUAAUAUCCCAUACUAUAUGAUGAUUGCCAGUUAAUCACAACAAUGUAAAUUUCUGCUGGUGCGACGACCAAGGCCAAUAUGGGUGCUAAUGUAUCUAGCAGUGGGGAGAAGGCGUCCCCUACCUGUAAUCCUCCAACUGCAUCCUCUUCCAAAGGAAAUAUCAUUGCAAAGUCUCCACCAUCAGAUCUUAUGAAGAUCAAGAAACGGAAGCACUCAGGCUUUGCAACGCUGAGACGCAAGAUCAUACGUCACUACAAGCGUCUCAGCAAGUCCCUCGACCACGCUCGCGCGAUCCGAGACUUGAUAUCUACGUGGAACUCGUCGGAGCUGAGCACAUUAGUGCAGGAGUACGAGCAGCUCGCCGUGCUCAAGGAACUCACGAUCCAGGCCGACUUAGCGAGACCGCCCGCGCCGUCCGCCAAGCAGGACCUGUCCGACCUCUACGACUACAAGUUCUGCGCCGACGUUGAGCUCGUGUUCCAGCGUGCCGUCUUCCCCGCGCACCGCGCCAUACUGUCCGCGCGCUGCCCGUACUUCCGCCGCCUGCUCGCGGCCCACCCUGGCCGUGGCGCGCGCGUCACCAUCGACGCGGCGGCGGCGGCGGCGCCGGGCAUGCGCGCUGCGACGUUCUCGGCGCUCCUGCGCGGCCUCUACACGGGCGACUUUGCGGCGGCGGGCGGCGAGGACGCCGACGUGCUCGCACGCCUCAGCGACGAGUUCGGCACGCCGAACGCGCUCGACGGCGACCUGCAGGAGCUGCUAGAGGGCGCCGGCGAGAGCGGCGACGUCGUGCUGCUCUUCUCGGCCAACUCGCAGGAGUUUCGCUGCCACCGCGCGAUCCUCGCCGCGCGCUCGCUCUUCUUCCGCAACCUGCUGGCGCGGCGCGCGCGUGCCGAGGGCGACGCCGCCACAGCGACGACGACGCGGAUCGUGCUCGAUGAGAACGUGAUUCCGCGGCGCUACGCGCUGGUGCUGCUGCACUCGCUCUACGUCGACGCGGUGGACCUGAGCUGCGUGCUGCGCGCAGCCACCGAACCCGACGUGAAGCCGAAGACUCCCCAGCUGGCCAUCGACGAGGCGAUGGAGGUGCAUCAGAUCGGGAGGUUCCUCGAUCUCGCGAUCUUAUCGCAAGGGAGCGAGGACAUCAUCAUUGAAAACCUGAAUACUGACAACAUGCUGUCAGUUCUGCGUUGGGCAUCUCAACCUCAUGGCUCUGACUGGGUGUACCGACAAGCAAUGCAUUUCCUCCGUGAGGAAUUUGUGAGCAUAGCUAAUUCGCCUGUUCUAUACGACAUGGAGCAACACCUCUUGAUGGAGGCCCUCAAGUCAGACUACUUACAGGCAAGUGAGCUGGAAGUUCUAACAGCAGUAAUAAAGUGGGGAGAGCAACAACUGAUGAAACAAAUUGAGGAAAGAGAACCCAACCUACUGAGUCACACGGCUCACAGUGUGAGUAAGAAGGGCGUCAAGAAGCGAGAUCUGAGCGAUCGAGAGCUCCGCGAGAUACUCUCUGACAUCAUUGGCUAUGUGAGACUGGAGCACGUCAUUCCUACAACCAGUGACAUACUCAACAAUGCCAUCAGGCGUGGCCUCAUCAGUCGUCCUCCACUGCACAUGCUAGGAGAUGAGCUGGGGGAGAGAGUUAACCCAUGGCUGGCCGGCCAGCAGGGCGGAGUCUACAAACGACCACGGCUCUUCACACCGUACAUGGACGAAGUUAAGGCGGCGCUGGAGGAGCGUCUCGGCGAGGGCGUCGCGCCGAGCAGCCAGUGUCGCGUGCGCAUGUCCCACAUUCCCGACACGCUGUACAUGCUCGAGGACAAGGAGUGCCAGCAGUACUACGCAGACCUGCCCAGCAGUCAGCGGCUGCCACUCGCCGUCGACAUCAUUGCCGGCGACAUACCCGUUCCAGAUCUGGACACCGUUCAGGCGAUGACGAAACGCGAGAGUGACCUCCAUCAACUGACCAGCGUCCAGCGGGCCUUGGCGUGUGGUGACCGGCGGGCCGUCCACCACGAAAUCAAAUUGCGCGUGGUCAGGGAGUUUGGCUUGCCCGACAUGGUGGCCGACGUGCUGAGCAAUGUCGGACAGCUUCAUCACGAGGAGGAGCCGAAGGAGAGAAGGUCGGCCGCGCAGAUGAGGGUGCCGGUCCAGAAGGUGGCGCCGGAACUGAUCGCAGCAAGUACUCUAGUCAUGGAGGAUUCCUACAGCCUGAGUGCUGAAGCCAGCGGGUGCAGCCAUGACAGCAGCUACUCUGAUGUCAUGCCCGAUAUCGCCAUGGCAGCACGUUCCCUGAGUCAGAUCAGCAUCGGAGAGGCAUCGCCAACGGCAACAUUAGACCUCGGGGAUGGCAACAUACACGUGCCUGCGUUUCUAUGAGCCGACAGCUUGCUCCACAUAUACUAACUGCAUAUCACUCGUAAACCACUGCGUAGGACGCUCGUCUCUAACUACUCACAUACAGUGCGAGUUUGGUCUAGCGCUGGUGUACAGGUUUCUGGGAUCUUGGUGUUGUAAACUUUGUAUUGCCAAGUUCGUGCAGUGAGCGGUGGUAGUCUGUCGUGUAAGAAAUUUGUCGCAGGCAGCAUUGCAUCACAUUCUUUUUUACGUGAAGAUGUGAUACAAUGCUUUUUUACACAAUCCUCAAAAAGUAGAUGGGGCUAAUUGUUUCAUUGCAUUUGGCAUGCAGGACAACGGCUGCUAUCUUUUUCUACGAGUGAGAAAUUCAAGGUGUAUGCUCUUCCUGGUUUUUGCUGCUGGCUCCAUCCAUUCGCUGGUGUACCAGAUACAUGAGCAACAAUUGGCACGAGUGGUGGAGCCAGGAAUAAAUGUUUCACACGGACACGGGUAUGCAGCUGUUCGUGACGGAUGUGUAAGAAUGUGGCAUUGAUAGGUGUGCCAGGUGAGUGAUAGAACGCCUUGUAACCACGUUUGAGUGCAUGUGCAUGCACGCACGUGUAUCAGAUAUAAUGGAAGCAUAUGCGGGUUUACCUAAUUAGGUAAUUAUAUUUAACGUAUCAGUUCGUACAUUGGUGGCAUGAUCCAGUGAUGAUAAUAGCUAUUAUUGCCAAAUGAAAGUUGUCAAUGUGAAGUUAAAUAACUUUGUAUAAGCAAACAAAAAUACAAUGAACAUUGAGUGAAUUCAUGCUCGAUUUAUAGAUGUUAUGAACACGAGAAUUGUAUAGAUUGAAUGUAUUUAAUAUAAAGUUUAGGUGUAUCAAUGCACAUCUGGUGCAUAGAUAUUUUGAUGAAUACGAACACAUGAAUAGUAAGUCACAGACAUUAUCAAAUUAAAACUGUGUUAACAGAUGCAUUUACGUAGGGUAAAUGUCUGCUUUGCUAUCCAUAACUAGUAAAUUAAUAUAGCUUUUUUAUUUUUAUUAGAAUUUUUAUCAUGUAAACUGUAUUUUAACUUGCGACACACUUGGAAUUAGUUCAUGUAUGCAGCGUGCAGCAAUUUGGCACUGUUCAGAAUGUUUUUAGUGAAUUACCCACAGGAAGCUUAUCUAUUGUUUUCGGAAGGUGGACUCGAAACUUGCCACAUACGUUCACUAGACCUUCAUUAAUCACUUGGCAAAUUCAGUCUACAUCUUAUUUAUUUGAACCAGCAAUCCAUUUGGCCAAUCUCAUCAUUGACUUUUCCGGGACUGGUAACUUUCGAGCAGGGUUGGCUAAUUUUUAUGGAUUUUGUUAUAGGUUAUAAAGUGAAAUCAAAAUGGGGAAUUGAAAUUGGGACUGGCGGGGGUUUCACAUUAAUUUAACGACUAAAGAAUAUCCAUGAUCAUGGUUAUCACUCGAGUGUUUAUAUGGUAUGUUCUAUCAUGUAUAUAUAUAUAUAUAUAUAUAUAUAUAUAUAUAUAUAUAUUUAUAUGUGUGUGUGUAUUAUAACCUGCUUACUUUCAUAUGUCUUUUAGACAUGCGGAAUCAACAGAAUGCGGAACCUAUAGCAUUUGUUUGCCGGCGCAUUACUUUCGCAUUUACUCCAAAAAUGUAUCCAGUUCUUCAUCAGGUUGAAAACAAGUAAAAUAUUUGAUAUAUGUAUAUUAUGAAAGCUAUGUGUGUGCGUGCCUGCGUGUGUGUGGGUAUAUGCCACGUCUAAGCAAAGCAUAUCGACGGUAUUGUCAUAUAUGUUAUUCCUUCUUAGUGUUGCAUUGAUAUAGAAGUGAGCUCAUUGUCAGUUGCUACAUUCUGAAUCUGUGUCAAUCGCCAGUGUCUGGUGUCUUGGUAUUGUACAAAUGUUUCCCUUUUUAACACUAACCCCAUGCUGAUGAUGAACGUUGUGUAAAGUUGUCGGUUUUUUCGAUAUUUUAAUAGACAUAUUGUUACGAGACGUCCCUAGUCAGUUGUGCUUCUUCAAAGAGUGUCAGCUUGUGAAAUUUUGGUGCAAGUUUGUGAUUCAGUUUACUCUCUUCCGUGUCACUCACCUUACACAAGAAAUCCACCUGACCAGCUGGUGGCAUGCUACACCUGCAUGACGUCAUCAUUGCACGCUGUAUUCAACAGGAUAUACCUCAAUAGUGUGACGCCUCGGUCGGCUCUCGACAGACAGUAAUCACCCUUUCGGGUUCGAUUCGAUCUGUGUUCUGCCAGCUACCAGUGUGAGCUGACUCACUCGCCAUCCAGUGAGCGCGACACAGAUGGGGAUGUAUAUGGAGUAUGUAGAUUUUCUUUGUUGGGGGUUUCUAAGUACUAUUCAUUGCCGAGGUGCCGCUAUGAAAUAGAUAGUUAACGGAGAUCAUCAGUGCAUAUCACUAUUUUACUUCAUCUCACCACUCUCAUCUCCAUUUAAACAUAAUUAAAUCACGUGUGAGUGACUUUAUUCGAGUCUGCUGGAGAAAUGACAACAUCUGAUGUUUAAUAUGUGUUUGCCGGGAGCAUGUAUGCUACAGCAAUGAAGCAUUCGUUGUAACUGUGGCUACAAUGUUCUUUGAGACAGCACGUGAAACGAGAGACAGAUGUUGUCGUGAAGAUGAGGAUGUCUAUAAACUUGUUUGUAUCCACACCUAGUCUUGCUGAACAUUAGGUAAAGGGACCAUCUUUCAAUAUAUAUAUAUAUACACACACACACACACACACACACAUACACACACGAGUAUGUACGAGUGUGCGCGGUGUGUUCGUGUAAUAUGUUUAUAUUAUACAUGUGUGUGUGUGUGUUGGUGUAGUACCUCUUAAAAUGUCCAAGCUGUUUGUAGCUGCCCGUUUGUACCCAGCUGCAUUUGUAAAAAUUGGUUGUGUUCCUUCAGUAUCGGCACAAAUUCAUUUUUAACUGCAAAGCAUUGCAGUCACCAGUAGGAUGUACUGCUUUAGAGAUACUGUACCAGGGUGCCAAUUUUCAAUGAUAUACGUUGAUUAUAUGAUUAUAAACCUAUUCUUUUUUUAUAGUGUCUGCAUUUUCUUAAAAAGCAAUGUUCUGCUGCAUGUUACUGACAUUUGUUGCUUUCUGGUUGUGCCCCACACUACCCACAGGUCUAGGUCUGCCGAGGUUAUUGCAUCGUGCUUGCUCAGCUCUGCUAGAGAUCACACUAGCCUGAUGAUCCUAUGCAGUAGUUCACACUGAAUAGCAAACAUGUUAUUAGGUGAGAGCAGCUUGGUAUGGCAGAGGUUUCGAGGAAUGUGUGAGCACCAGUACGUGCCCAAGUAAACUACUGCAUUGUUGUUAUGUACGUGUACAAUAAAGUAUUGAUGUCUAAAGACA